GCCCCAUAGCGCCGCCCCAUAGCGCCGCCCCCCUGCAGGUGAAGCUGGUGAACAUCCGCAAUGACGACAUCGCAGACGGGAAUCCCAAGCUGACGCUGGGCCUCAUCUGGACCAUCAUCCUGCACUUCCAGAUCUCGGACAUCCAGGUGUCGGGGCAGUCGGAGGACAUGACGGCCAAGGAGAAGCUGCUGCUGUGGGCGCAGCGGGCGGUGCAGCAUUACCCGGGGCUGCGCUGCGACAACUUCAGCAGCUGCUGGAGGGACGGCCGCCUCUUCAACGCCAUCAUCCACAGGCAUCGGCCGCAUUUGGUGGACAUGGGGCGGGUGCAGCAGCAGAGCAGCCUGCAGAACCUGGAGCAGGCCUUCAGCGUCGCAGAGACCGAGCUGGGGGUCACCAGGCUGCUGGACCCCGAGGACGUGGCGGUGGCGCAGCCGGACGAGAAAUCCAUCAUCACCUACGUGUCCUCGCUGUACGACGCCCUGCCGCGACACGGCGACCGCGGCGACGGCACCGACGAGCUGCAGCUGCGCUGGCAGCAGUACUACAGCGCGGUGACGCUGCUGCUGCAGUGGAUGCGGCACCACACCGCCAUGUUCCUGGAGCAGCGCCUGCCCGGCAGCCACGAGGAGGUGGAGGUGGGCGAUGGGGGGCGAUGGGGGGGGCGAUCGGAAUUUGGAGGCGCUGCAUGGGGGGGCAUUGCAUUGGGGGGGGCUGCGUGCUGCGUGACAGAUUGGGGUUGCUGCAUUGGGUGCACUGCAUUGGGGAAGACUGCAGUGGGGGGCACUGCAGUGGGGGGGCACUGCGCUGGGGGGGGCUGCGUGCAGUGUGACAGGUUGCAGUGCAGUGCAGGGCUGGGCGGUGCAUUGCAGGGACAGAGAGUGCAGUGCAGGGGUGGGGUAGUGCAGUGCAGUGCAGUGCAGUGCAUUGAGAGCCAGUGCAGUGCAGUGCAUGGGUGGGGUAGUACAGUGCAGGAAAGGGCAGUGCAGUGCAGGGAUGAGUGGUGCAGCGCAGCGGUGCAGUGCAGGGUUGGGCAGUACAGCAUACGAGGGAGCAGUGCAGUGCAGGGAUGGGGUGGUGCAAUGCAGUGCAGGGAGGUGCAAUGCAGCACAGGGAGGUGCAUUGCAGCGCAUGGAUGGGGCAGUGCAUUGCAGCACAGGGAGGUGCAGUGCAUGGAUGGGGCGGUGCAUUGCAGUGCAGAGGUGCAGUGCAGCACAGGGGGGGUGCAUUGCAGCGCAGGGAUGGGGCGGUGCAUUGCAGCACAGGGAGCUGCAUUGCAGUGCAUGGAUGGGGCGGUGCAUUGCAGCACAGGGAGCUGCAUUGCAGUGCAUCGCCCCCAUUGGUUGCAUCCGCGCAGGUUGGAGCGGCUGCAGCGCAUCGUGACGAAGCUGCAGACGGAGGCGGGGCUGUGCGAGGAGCAGCUCAACCAGGCCGACGCGCUGCUGCAGGCGGAGCUGCGUCUGCACGCGGCCGGGAAGGCGGCGCAGCGCACGGCGGAGCUGCAGCGCGACCUGGAGCAGGCGGACGCCAUGCUGCGGGCGCUGUUUGCGGACGUGCAGGCGCUGAAGGACGGGCGGCACCCGCAGGGCGAGCAGAUGUACCGCCGCGUCUACCGCCUGCACGAGCGCCUCGUGGCCCUGCGCUCCGAGCACGCGUUGCAUGCCACCGCCGCCGCCGCCACGCUGCGCACGCGGGCCGAGCAGGAGGAGGCGGCGGCGCUGCGGUACCUGCAGGAAUUGCAGCGCUGGGUGGAGGAGAACCUGCGCCGCAUGGAAACGGCUGAGUGGGGGGCGGACGCGCCCGGCGUGGAGGCGCAGCUGGAAAUGCAGCGCGGGCUGCAUCGCGACGUCAGAGAUUUCAAGGCCAAGAUCGAGCGCGCGCGCAGCGACGAGGUCAGUGCUCACAGCGGGCGGCAACGGCUGCAGUAUGUGCAUUAUGGGGCUGUAGGGGUGCAAUAUGUGCAGUGUGUUGCUGCAGUGCUGCAAUACGUGCAGCUUGGGGCUGCAGGGCUGCUGUGUGGGCUGCAGGGCUGCAAUAUGAUCAGCGUGGGUGACAGUGCUGCCCUCCUCCCCCCUUUCCCCCCCCAGACGCUGUCGCAGCAGCGGUUGCGCCGGCUGGAGGAGCUGCAGGCUUUCGUGGCUGCGGCGGCGCAGGAGCUGCGCUGGCUGAGCGCCCGCGAGGAGGAGGAGAUCGCCUUCGAUUGGAGCGACCGCAACCCCGCCAUGGCUGCCAAGAAGGACGCCUACUCGGCUCUGAUGCGGGAGCUGGAGGCGCGGGAGCGGCGCAUCAAGGAGCUGCAGAGCACUGCAGAGCGGCUGCUGCGCGACGAGCAUCCGGCAAGGAGCACCGUGGAGGCAUUCCAGGCGGCGCUGCAGACGCAGUGGAGUUGGAUGCUGCAGCUGUGCUGCUGCAUUGAGGCGCACCUGAAGGAGAACAGCGCCUACUUCCAGUUCUUUGCCGACGUGGCGGAGGCGGAGGAAUUCCUGCGCAGGAUGGAGGAAACCAUGCAGAAGAAGUUCAGCUGCGACCGCAGCACCACGGCCACGCGCCUCGAGGACCUGCUGCACGACUGCGCCGUCAGUGUCCCACUGCAGCCCCCCUGCAGCCCCCCCUGCAGCCCCCUCCCCCCC